AUGUUUAAAAGUUUUAUUAGAUCUCCAAGUCCGAUUCGUGUACCAUUAUUACACAGCAAUCGUAGAAUUUCUUCCAAUUCAACAAUAACUUCACUAUCAUCAAAAUUAUCAAAAACAACAAAUAACAAUAAGAUAAACAGUCGUUGUUUGCAUCAAAAUGUAAAAAAUACUAAUACUACAUACGCAAGUCGAAUUUACAAAAAUACCACAUCAUCAAAUUCAAUCUUUAACACUACACCAAUAGCUCUCUCUUCGUCGAAAAAUUUGAAUUCUUCAAUUCGUCAUCCUCUAUCCACCACCACAAAAAUUUCAUAUCAUUUUUACAGUACAACCACAGUAAAUAAUAAGCAAUUAAAUGAAAAUAAAAGUGCUGCAAAAGAUGUUAGUGAAGAAAUUUUCGCAUCAGUUCCUAAAAUUGAUGUUAAAAAAGUACUUGUAGUAGGAUCUGGAGGUCUGUCAAUUGGUCAAGCUGGAUCACAGGCUAUUAAAGCUUUACGUGAAUCCAAUGUACACACAGUUCUUGUAAACCCCAAUAUUGCUACAAUUCAAACAUCACAUGCUUUAGCAGAUACUGUUUAUUUCUUGCCUGUCACUGUUGAAUACUUAACCUAUAUUAUUGAACGUGAAAGACCUGAUGGCAUAUUACUUACUUUUGGUGGCCAGACUG